AUGAGUCUGCCGUCUCACUACAAACGGGCCGCCUUCAAAGAGGCCGGUGGCUCCCUGACCAUUGAAGAAGUCGAGUUGACCAUGCCGAAUGCUGGCGAGGUGUUGGUGAAGGUGGAAGCAUGCGGAGUUUGUUUCUCCGACACGGUUUCACAGGCUCAUGGCCUAGGUGGAAAAUUUCCAAUUGUACCGGGCCAUGAAAUUAUUGGACACGUGGUGGCGACAGGUGACGGUGUCUCGGACUGGAAGGUUGGCGAUCGUAUCGGUGGAGGAUGGCACGGCGGCCAUGACGGAACUUGUCCCUCCUGUCGCCAGGGCCAUUUCCAAAUGUGCGACAAUCAGAGCAUCAACGGAGUAACCCAAAACGGCGGAUAUGCUCAAUACUGUAUUCUCCGUGGCGAGGCUGGAGUCAGAAUUCCCACGCAUGUCUCAGCUGCCGAGUAUGCGCCGAUUCUCUGCGCCGGCGUGACCGUCUUCAACUCAAUGCGCCAAAUGGGUGUCAAACCUGGAUCUACUGUUGCCGUUCAGGGCCUUGGAGGUCUCGGCCAUCUCGCCAUUCAAUAUGCAAAUCGCUUCGGCUUCCGGGUGGUAGCCAUUUCUCGCGAUGAUCAGAAGGAGAAAUUUGUAAGAGACCUCGGUGCCCACGAAUACAUCAACACAAGCAAGGAAGAUGUCGGAACCGCUCUGCAGAAAUUGGGAGGUGCUUCUUUGAUUGUAGCUACUGCGCCCAAUGCCCGGGCUAUUUCCCCUCUAUUGAAGGGCCUUAGACCUUUGGGCAAACUCCUAAUUCUUGCCAUUCCGGGUGAGAUCCCUCUCGAUUCAGGGCUUAUGGUCACCCGAGGUCUUUCCGUCCAUGGAUGGCCGAGUGGGCAUGCUCUUGAUUCUGAGGAAACCAUUCGCUUCACAGAAUUGGAGGACAUCAAGUGUAUGAUUCAGACAUUCCCUCUUGAUCAAGCUAAUGAAGCAUUUGAUGCAAUGAUUUCGGGCUCCGUUCGAUUCCGCGCGGUGAUUACAAUGGAGUAA